GUUAUUCUGUGUCGCUACUACAUCUUAUGUUACGUCAAACACUGUUUUGACAUUUUUAUUAAUUGAGAUUUUUUAUCGUAUUAUUCGCAAACAUGAGUAGAAAAAAGAAAACCGAGCUAUCCGAAGGGGAGAAGUUUCAACUGGCCUUGCAGGCUGAGCAAGAACUAGCGAGGCUAUGUCGAAAUUACACCAUGCUCGAACGAAACAGAUACCAAAAAGGAGACAAAGGAGGCAAACUGAUGAAACAAAAGAAGGUCUUAGACAUCUUCAGAGGCGAGCAAAAAGAACUUAUGACCGAUCUAACGGUUGCAGGAGCUGGUGCAAGAGUGUUUGAAGAUGAUAAAAAUUGUGAGAAAAUAACUGAUUUGCUCUCAGAAUGUGAUAAAUUAGACGAAGAAAUCAAGCUCCAAGAAUUUCAUUUGGAAGAAAUUGAGGGUCAAAUGAAUUUAAAUAAGAAAAAGCUUAUUGAUUUGACAGCUAAACAAGUUACCGAUGAAAAACAUUAUCAAAGAGUACUCAAAGGAGAGAAGACAGUGGAAAUUUUAGACAACAAACUAGAGGUGCAAAUAAAAAAGUUUUGCCAAAUAUCAGCUGGCAAUAUCAAUCUUAGAGAAGAAAUACGCUAUUUAUUGCACGAGAGAGAAGAAUUUAACAAGUUAUGGGAUAACCUCAUUAACAACUUAUGCGUUGGAAGAAAAUUCAUGCUGGAAUUGAUCGAACAAGCGACAAUAGCGUACGACCAAAGAGAAGAUUGGGUCAAUAAAUUAACAAUGCUGAGACAAAAGGCCCAUCACGAUCUGGUAAAUCACAUUGUCGAAAUACGUACAAUGCAGCGGAAAAUCGACGACGACAUCAAGCUCCAAGAAUUCUUCUCCAUCAAAAAUCAAAAAAGAAAAAUGAGCGAUCUGGAGGAGAAGGAAAAACGGAAGCGGAAGCUGAAUAAAGAUAAUAUGGAAAAGAAACUGGAAAGGUACCUGCAGAUAUUGAUAACGAUCAAAGAGUUCACGGGAGAGGGGCGAGUUAAUGUAAUUGCGAAUAAUUUCGUGAUCCAAGAGGAGGAGAAUUUUGCCAUGUUCAAAUACAUCAACCAUUUGAACGGGGAAAUGGAGAACAUUACCGAUCGAUUGGCGGAUUUGCAUAAGAAAAUUGACGAUCAAAAGGAGCUAAACGAAGUGCGCCGUAGUGAACAGGAACAUAAGUUGGAAGGCUUACAAGAGGAAUAUAAAAAGGUGAAGGCGAUAACUGAGGCCAAACAGGAGGAAUUAAAAGAUGUCAAUGAUACGCUAAAGACCAUUUUAGCUGGCAUCAGUGUUCUGUUCAAGAUGUUCGGCUGCAAGAAUGAUCCUUUAGUGAGAAUGCUAGGGCAUAACCAAACAGUUAAUAAUAAUAAUGCUUUAUUAUAUUUGGAAAUUUUGGAAAGAAAUAUUGUGGAAGCUAUGCUUGGUAAUUACUACAAAGAAAAAGUUUUAGAACACAAGACUGCUUCUAGGGACAUCAUGACUAUGGUUGAAGAGAAAAUGCCUCCUUUGAUAGAACCAGUAGACAGAAUUGUUCCGACCAGUCCAUGUGCUCUAUGUGUCGAACACGAUCAAGUUCUUGAUGUAAUUGACAUUUUGCAAAUUGCAAUGACAAAGGAAGAAGCUCAAGCGAGAUUGAAAGACAGACCGCAAGAAGCCGAAACUUGUAUGCACAAUGUGUCAGCAUGUCAUUUGCCGAAAUCCAGACAAAUUAUACAAAAAAGAUAUCAGUAA